GCCCCGCCGGCCCCGCCGGGAUGAGCCGGCGGCCGCAGUGCCCCGGCCCGCAGAACGGCAGCCAGCCCGGCGCCAUGCGGGGCAACGGCACGGCGCGGGGGGCCGAGGGCUGCGGGGCCGAGGGCUGCGGGGCCGUCUCGGUGGCCUUCCCGCUGAGCAUGAUGAUCACCGGCAUCGUGGGCAAUGCCCUGGCCAUGCUGCUGGUCGCCCGCAGCUACCGCGCCAAGGGCAGCCGUCGGAAGCGAUCCUUCCUGCUGUGCAUCGGCUCCCUGGCGCUCACCGACCUGCUGGGGCAGCUGCUCACCAGCCCCAUCGUCAUCUCCGUCUACCUGUCGGACCGCUCCUGGGACGCCGUCGACCCCUCGGGCCACCUCUGUGUCUUCUUCGGCUUCAGCAUGACGGUCUUCGGCCUCUGCCCGCUGCUGAUCGCCAGCGCCAUGGCCGUGGAGAGGACGCUGGCCAUCCGCGCCCCGCACUGGUACGCCAGCCACAUGAAGACGCGGGUCACCAAGACGGUGCUGCUGGGCAUCUGGCUGGCCGUGCUGGCCUUCGCCCUCCUGCCCGUGGCCGGCCUGGGCCGCUACACGCUGCAGUGGCCCGGCACCUGGUGCUUCAUCAGCACCGGCCACAGCCUCUUCUUCGCCUCCAGCUUCGCCGCCCUGGGGCUCCUGUCCCUCGUGGUGACGGUGGCCUGCAACCUGGCCACCAUCGAGGCCUUGGUGUCUCGCUGCCGGACCAAAGCGACUGCCUCGCGCUCCAGCAAGCAGUGGGGGCGGAUCACCACGGAGACCCUGAUCCAGCUCUUGGGGAUCAUGUGUGUCCUCUCAGCCUGCUGGUCACCGCUGCUGAUAACAAUGCUGAAGAUGAUCUUCAGCCACACGUCGUUCGAGCACUGCAAGGGAUUCUCCAGCGAAGCCCAGAGCUCAGAACUGCACAAGGAAUGCAACUUCUUCUUGACCGCCGUGCGCCUGGCCUCGCUCAACCAGAUCCUGGAUCCCUGGGUCUACCUGCUCCUCAGGAAGAUACUCCUCCAGAAGUUCUGCCAGGCAGCCAACGCUGUGUCCAAGUGCUCUAACGAGUGGAAAGAGAGGUCCAUCACCUUGUCGGAGGAGACCCGACGGACGGCAGCGUGAGGGAACAUCCAUCCAUCUCCAUGGAAACUGCUUGUGCCAACCCGUCACUCUAACCCUCACUGUGACUGGGGGUGUCUGAGACAUGUCAUGUCUGCAUGACCAGCUGAAAACUCUGUUACCAGGUGGGCUUACAGCACCAAAGCUUUAUUGAUCCAGCAUGCCCAGAAUCCUCAAACACUGGAGAAGGAAUUGGUUUUGUUUCUACGCUCUGUUGUUACUGCCUUUCAUAACUGAGCUGCAGAACAUGACGUUUUGUGUGCCCAGAACAGGGCUUGGAGGGAACUGUCUUCCAUUAAGGUAGAAAAAAUGGUUUUCCUAUCGGGGGACACUUGGAACAGAUUCAACAGAUUAAAUUACAGAAGAGACCAAAUCCUGUAUCUGUUUUCAUACCGAGACAUCAGCUUCAGAGUCCUUCCUCCUCCUUUUAUUUUUUCCAGAGGGACAAGGGGAGAAAGAGGCAAAAAUACAAGAAUGAAAAGAAGACAAAAUUAGGGGAGUUCACUGGGAUUUCAGGGGUUCAAAUGUGAAGUGGUUGUGCUGUACCAGUGGUGGUACCUCGUUUUCCUUCUCAAACUGAAGGCAGCACAAGUCUCAGGGCUCAUGGAUUUGUCCUGAUAAAAACUUGUUCUGCGUGGAUGCUGAAGUGAGCUCAGCUGCUGGGGAAGAUGUAGUGUUGGGACAAAGAGCACAAGUGAGAAACCCAUGAUUUAUUUUUUAAAUAGCAGCCUGUGAAACAGUCAGGCAUACCAAGAAUUGCUGUUUGCAAAGCACACUAUAAAACUACUCUGAGCAGAUGGAAAGAGUGAUAAACAGGUUGUAAGAGAUAGUAAAUGCUCUUCUUCCUGUAGAUUAAUGGCAGAGGUUUGCAAAGCCAAACAUACUAUUUUCAUAGGAGUUGUUUUAUUUGGAGAUGCACAUGUCCAGGGAUAAAAUGAACAUCAGAUUGUUUUUAAGCCAUGGGGAUGUUUCUUCCUUACCAAAAUGUCCUACAGAGUGGCCAAAAUAGUACCCCAAAAGUGUUACUUUCUUCUUUCCUCCAAAAAGGCUAAUUUGAGAGAUAUGGCAGCUCUGGGAAUUUCUGAACUAAAGCAGACUGGAAGAGGUGGGUAGCAGUGUGUGCAUCAGUCAGAUCUUUCCCCCAGGUAACUUUCAGAUUUUCUCAAAAAACUGAGUUCUGAUCCAUUGUGUCACAUCUGAAGUUUGUUUUUACAAGGGCUACAUUUUUUUCCUCACUUUCUUCACCCUUCUGCAGAUGGUAGCCUCUGAUGUCUCCUGUGUCAUGGCCUCUUGAGUGACAUUAGAUGCAAAUACAGUAAAGCACAAUCUGUGUACCACAUACUAUGAGCCAUGGAGUAUCGAAUUCAGGGGCAGUAAAGGCAAAUGUGAUCCUGCUGGCCAUUUCUUGCACAGAACCUUUAUUUUUACUGCUCUCCCUUUGUUUAGAAAAGUAACUCUUCAAAAGAGAAACUGGCUACUCACUUUUCUCCUUUUGCUACCACUUUGUCUAAUUGCUUAUCUUCAGAUCAAACAAAAUCAAUUAACCUGACAGCAGAAGCCACUGCAUAAAGCUCAUUUUAUCUGGGUGGCAACCUAAAAGCUAAUGUCUGCCUUUAAUUCAAGAACCAGCCUAAAGCCACAGAGGCACAUUUUGUAAGGUGCUGCCUUUCCCUUAUCAGUCCCCAGCAUCUUCUUCAGUUUAAUGAAAUUAAUUCCUUUUCCAGGAAUUUUCAGGAAUCCUUCAGGCUGCAGGACUCAGCGCUUGGAUCACCCACUAAUCAGCACUUGGGGGAACACAGUGAAAUAAAAAUUUUACUCAUUCUCCUUGAAAAAGUGCCUUGCAGGAUUCAUACUUCAAAAAGAUACAUAUAUUGGGAUAUAAAAAGCCUGCCCAGAGGAUUCGUACAGUUCAGUUUAUGUACAUCAGGUUCUUAAAACAAAUAAACAAAGCCAGUUGCUUGUAAAAUAUGUCGAGAUGACCUUAACAACUGGGCUGGAUCGUUCUGUGUCGAGGCAUUUCUGAGCACUUGCAGAGCACCAGCUUCCCCAGGAAGCUGGGGGGAGACAGGGAGGGAGAGGGGCUCUGUCCCCCUUCCAUCAGCUCCUCCAGGGCCCAGGAGGAGAGCACCGGCUUCUGUGCACAGCCAGUCCAACAAUGCGCAAGGACAGAACAGCUCAGGUGUGACACUGCCCUGGGUUGUCUGUGGGAAGGGACCCGGUUCAGUUCUGGAGGAACUGCUGCUUGUUUUGGUGCCACGGUGGUUUCCCUUCCUUCAAAACCCUUCUGUUGCCCCAUGUCUUUUCUAGCGAGCCAGGACACGCACUCUGCUCUUCAGGAGAGGUGGCUGUGCCCAUCUUUGGGUGCAGUAAGGUGAAGAAGCUACAUGACCUCUCAGAAAAUGGGGCAGAAUCUCUGCUGCUCGUUUGUUUACAGCCAGGAGGGCAGCACUACCUGCCGGCCGUGCUGAGGCAGGACGUGGCUGGAGGAACAUGCUUCCAACAGGGAACUCAAAGAGCUGAAGCAUAAAUGAAAGCUUUUCUUUCCCAUCUACUUGUUUGAGGGGGAAGGUGUGUUUUUGUUGCAGUCCUUUAAAGAUGCCUUCUAUGUGAUGUAUUUAAAUUCCACUACAGAAGUAUCUCUAAUGCUGGUUUCAGUAUGUCGUGCUUCAGUCAGAGAUGUUGUGGAAAAACAAUUUGGAGAUCAUUGUUUGCCAGAAAAACUCGCUUGUUUGUGUCCCAAAUCGGUGUGUGUUGUAUCAGUCAGAAUAAAAGUUUGGCAGAAUGA